GAGUACCAAGCGCUCCGCGCAACUGGGGAGGGUAGAGCCAUCAUCAGUAGGACCCACAAACGCGUAAGAAACUUGGUAUUCUCCAAUCUUCCUUCCUCUUUCCUUGGCCAGUUGGAGUGAUGGACAGAAUCCUCAAAGAGUUCUGUGGCCUCUUUAAAUGCUCAUUCUGCCCCUCCAUUGGAAUCCCAAAAGCAUCACUCGGCUGAUCUGUUCCUUUUCAUAGUAUAUGUCUCAGGGAGCCAACGUUCUUCAUUCUUGUUGUACAGCAUUUGGCCUCCAUUCUCAUCUCCUGGUCUCCGGUGAGAUGAACGCUAAUUCCAACUGGUCCUAUAUUUGUUCUUCUGAUUCUUAGUUUCCUACUUCCUCUUUUGCAACUACCACCAUUGCUCUUGAAAACCCAGUUUAUUAGUAGACUCAAAUCAAGACCAGAUCUUUCAAAUUGCAAGAUGGGUGUCAAGGGUUUUGUAGAAGGAGGCAUCGCCUCGAUCAUUGCAGGGGGUUCGACCCACCCACUCGAUCUCAUCAAGGUCCGUAUGCAGCUCCAGGGAGAGUCCCAUGUCCCCAACCCAGCAACCAUUCAAACUCUCCGUCCAGCUUUCGCCUUCAACGCUUCAUCUACAACCGCCGCCGCUCCAGGUGUCAUACACGCUCCGCCACCUCCACCACCACGAUUGGGCGUCGUCGCUGUCGGCGUCAAGAUAGUCCAGACUGAAGGCGUCGCGGCCCUUUUCUCCGGCGUCUCUGCAACCAUGCUUCGUCAAACACUUUACUCUACCACUCGCAUGGGCCUCUACGACGUCCUCAAGCAUAAAUGGACAGACCCCAACUCAGGCAACAUGCCACUCAUGCGAAAGAUAUCAGCAGGCCUCAUCGCCGGCGGAAUCGGCGCUGCCGUCGGCAACCCAGCCGAUGUGGCCAUGGUACGCAUGCAAGCCGACGGCCGGCUGCCGGUGGCGCAGCGCAGGAACUACAAGAGCGUUGUGGAUGCGAUCGGACAGAUGACGAAGCAAGAAGGGGUCACUAGCCUGUGGAGAGGAUCGUCGUUAACGGUAAACCGGGCUAUGAUCGUGACUGCGUCUCAGUUGGCGACAUACGAUCAAGUGAAGGAGACGAUAAUUGGGAAUGAUGUGAUGAAGGAUGGGCUUGGUACCCAUGUGACUUCCAGCUUUGCCGCUGGGUUUGUGGCUGCGGUGGCAUCGAAUCCGGUUGAUGUGAUCAAGACGAGGGUGAUGAAUAUGAAGGUGGAAGGAGGAGCAGAGCCACCUUACGCCGGCGCCAUGGAUUGUGCCCUUAAGACUGUAAGGGCUGAGGGGCCAAUGGCUCUGUAUAAGGGUUUCAUUCCGACGGUCUCCAGGCAGGGGCCGUUCACUGUGGUGCUGUUCGUGACGCUCGAGCAGGUCCGAAAGCUGCUCAAAGAUUUCUAAAUUCUCCGCUAGAUGAUGACGAACAAAAUUUACCCAUUUAAAAAAAAAAAAAAAUUAGUAACAAUUGCUGUUAUUCCCUAAUUUUUAUUUUUAGGUGGGGAUUUUAGGGGGGGGGGGGGGAGUGGAUUGUACUAGAUCCCUGAAAUCUGGGAAGGAACUAGGAAUCGAAGUGGAAACUAGAGUAUGAGUUAGUAUUAUUUUAAGAGUUCUAUUGUUACAUGGGUAUUGAAUUUGGAUCCACUACUUUGUCCUCAGGAUCAUGUUGGAGAAUGGAGGCAUUAUAAUGAAAUUUGUUGUUUGCUAUGAAA